GCCGCCAUGUUGAUUGUUGAAACAAAUGUGACGACUGUACGCUGUUUGUAGUGCAUUUUUCUCACAUUUCUGGUUAAAUUUUCUAAACGUGUUCAAGUGAAAAUAAACGGGGCUUUUCUUAUUAAUAAAGUUGACGUCUUCUUAAAAUGACUGCGUCAGAGGCCUCAUACAAUCGAAAAAUCAUAUCGGAAGAUUUAUCAAACGUUGAAUUCGACACAAGCGAAGAUGUGGAAGUUAUUCCCACAUUUGACUCCAUGGGCCUUCGGGAUGAAUUGCUGAGAGGAAUAUAUACUUAUGGAUUCGAGAAGCCUUCCGCUAUUCAGCAGAGAAGUAUUCAGCCGAUUGUGAAAGGCAGAGAUGUGAUUGCCCAGGCCCAGUCAGGCACGGGUAAAACCGCCACAUUUUCCAUAUCCAUCCUGCAGUCAUUGGACACGACUCUUCGUGAGACGCAGGUUCUGGUGUUGUCGCCCACUCGCGAGUUGGCUACACAGAUUCAAAAGGUUAUCCUGGCUUUGGGAGAUUUCAUGAAUGUCCAGUGCCAUGCUUGCAUUGGAGGCACAAACCUCGGUGAAGACAUUAGGAAGCUGGAUUAUGGUCAGCAUGUAGUUUCUGGAACUCCUGGCAGAGUUUUUGACAUGAUUAGAAGACGUGUACUCCGUACCAGAGCAAUCAAGAUGCUGGUCCUUGACGAAGCUGAUGAGAUGCUGAACAAGGGCUUCAAGGAGCAGAUUUAUGAUGUCUACCGUUACCUGCCGCCUGCAACACAAGUUGUACUCAUAUCUGCUACUUUGCCCCAUGAAAUAUUGGAAAUGACUUCCAAGUUUAUGACAGAUCCCAUUAGGAUUUUAGUUAAACGUGAUGAAUUGACACUCGAAGGCAUUAAGCAGUUCUUUGUGGCCGUGGAGCGUGAGGAGUGGAAGUUCGACACACUUUGUGACCUGUAUGACACUUUGACCAUUACACAAGCUGUGAUAUUCUGCAACACCAAGAGGAAGGUGGACUGGCUCACACAGAAAAUGCAGGAAGCCAACUUCACAGUCAGCUCUAUGCAUGGUGAUAUGCCACAAAAAGAGAGAGAUAAUAUUAUGAAGGAGUUCAGAUCGGGACAAAGCCGCGUGCUAAUCACAACUGAUGUAUGGGCAAGAGGUAUUGAUGUCCAACAAGUAUCUCUUGUCAUCAACUAUGACCUGCCCAACAACCGUGAGUUGUACAUCCACAGGAUUGGUCGUUCCGGCCGUUUUGGACGCAAGGGUGUUGCCAUCAACUUUGUCAAAUCAGAUGAUAUCAGAAUCCUGAGAGAUAUUGAGCAGUACUACUCCACACAGAUUGACGAAAUGCCAAUGAAUGUAGCUGACCUCAUUUAAAUUAAUUUGUAUAUCGUAUAAAAUGUAUAUCUCCCCUUCUUUCACACUCUGUGAACAAUAGGCACUGCAUAAGGUGGUAGGGUUCGGUUAACACCCUUUCUGCAAAAUUGUGAGCUAAAAUAAGCAUCAAAAUAUGUUAGACUUAUCUUAAUAUGUAACACAAUAAAAGUGAAGUGUAAAA